GUUCUGAGAGUUGGCAGUACGGCGAAUGGCACUCAUUAAGUCCCUAAUACCCAGGCACCUUUCGUCCGUCAUCUGACAUAGCCUCUACACUCUUAUAUUUUGCUCGGGAGAUGAUUAUUGACGCCAAAUCAGGGAUAAAAACAGGUCAGUGGUUCCUGCCUCACUUUCUCAGGAAUCCACAGCAAAUUGGUUCCUUUUGUAUGGAAUGUCAGCAUGCCCAGCGAUCGGCAAGUCCUAUACCCAAACUCCAGCUCCAUGGAUAACGUGCCAUUGAUGCCCCUCCACUCGCGUUCUUCACCCUCUCGCUCUCUACCCCCUAGCCAUCCAGAUAUAUCAGAACCUCAAAACUCCACACUGUGUCCCUCACUUGACGAAGAGCAGUUUGAUUACUACCAGGAUGCACCGAGCUCAAGCAGUUUCCAGACCCCGAUUCGCCCGCAGCUAUUUCGUCAGCUCCCCGCCAUGAGCCGCAGGGAAAUUCUGCUCAAAGGCACCUGGCAGUUUACGAAGACCUUCCUUGUUCCUUUUAUCACCAUUGCAUAUUUGUCUUUUUGCUAUGCGGUCCAUUAUAAAGUGGUUCCCUUCGAUGGCAAAGGACUGUACAAUGAACUCAAUGACACCUGGCUCGCCAUUGUAAAAUCUGGAUUAACGACGAUUAGCAUCAUCAUUAUCAGUAUUUCUCUUUAUCCUGUGCAUGAUUUGCUUGCCAGUUUGAAGAGCGAAGAAUUUUUCAGGGUUCUUCGCAAACGUCGCCAAGUUCCUCUGUCUGCAAUCAAUGCCAUUUCCAACCCUUCCUGUGGAGUCGUUGAGACUAUCCUGCUCAUCAUAUACAAAAAUUGUUCUCCAUUUUUUGUGACUGCCUUUGUUGCAGCAGGUAUUGCAUGGGUUGCAUCGGCGCUCGCACCUGCCGCCUGUGGGUAGAAUUGUCUUGCCUUGGUGGCUGGUAGUUGACGACCUCCCGAAGUAAGCAUCCAAACCGUUCUGGCCGACGGCGAUAUCCAGGCAUUUUCUGUUGGAGCCAUCCCGCCCUUAAGCUUUUACAAUCCUGUUGCGUCCGGACAAACCAUUCCACCUAUGCAACUGGCUAUCUCCCCUGGGUAUCCCGCUUCGAUAGCAUGGGUAGAAAUGGCUCUGGGCAUGUCAUAUGCGUACACCAUGUCGAACAAGUCACUUGGUGAAUAUGCGGCCUAUGUCGCGCCCAUGCCAACCAGC